AAAAAAAGGAAGAAAGUGUACACAGAAAGUUUACUUUCUGUUAGUCAGAUAGAUGCCUGGGGAACAAGUGUGGAGAGUGUGCAGAGGGUCCUGGAGAAGACUCCAUCUGCACCAGUCUCUGGACUGCUGAGAAGUCUGGCACCCAAACAAGUGUCUGGUCCUAGAAGAACCCUGGCCUGGAGAGAAAUGUUGGAACAUUUUAUCAGUAGACACACCUUCUGCGUUUUGGAGAAUAGCAAUUUUUCAAUGAAAGAGGCUACAAAGUGGAAAGCGUUCUUUGGGAACUUCAACAGAAGGCAGACACUGCCAGCUCUUAGGUCACUAAGGCCUGGUGGUGGAUAUUGCAGCACUUCCUGCCACUCGCAUCCUUCAAGUUAUGGCUAUAGCAUCAUCUGAAUUAUAAAGGCAAACAAAGCCAGGAGUAGAAAUAUGCUUGUGGGAAUUCAGCACCUAGAGACCAGAAGAGCGGUGAAAAGACUCCAAAGAGAGAAACAACUUGUAAUGGAGCCUUUACCACUUGAGUUACCAGCUGACACAGUGCAACGCAUCGCAUCUGAACUUAGAUGUCACCCAACAGAUGAGAGGGUUGCCCUCCGCCUUGAUGAAGAAGAUAAGCUGAGGCACUUCAAGGAGCAUUUUCAUAUCCCCAAAAUGCAAGAUCUACCUGCAAUUGAUUUAUCUUUAGUGAAUAAGGAUGAAAAUGCCAUCUAUUUCUCGGGAAAUUCUCUUGGCCUUCAACCAAAACUGGUUAAAACAUAUCUGGAAGAAGAACUCGAUAAGUGGGCCAAAAUGGGAGUCUAUGGUCAUGAAGUAGGAAAACGUCCUUGGAUUACAGGAGAUGAGACUAUUUUAGGCCUAAUGAAUGACAUUGUAGGAGCCAAUGAGAAAGAAAUAGCCCUAAUGAAUGGUUUGACUGUUAAUUUACAUCUUCUACUGUUAUCCUUUUUUAAGCCUACACCAGAAAGGUAUAAAAUUCUUCUGGAAGCCAAAGCCUUCCCUUCAGAUCAUUAUGUUAUUGAAUCACAGCUUCAACUUCAUGGACUUAACGUUGAGAAAAGUAUGCGGAUUAUAAAGCCAAGAGAGGGGGAAGAAACAUUGAGAACGGAAGAUAUCCUUGAAGUAAUUGAGAAGGAAGGAGACUCGAUUGCAGUGAUCCUGUUCGGUGGGCUGCAUUUUUAUACUGGACAGCUCUUUAAUAUACCUGCCAUCACAAGAGCUGGACAAGCAAAGGGUUGUUUCGUUGGCUUUGAUCUAGCACAUGCGGUUGGAAAUGUUGAACUCCACUUACAUGACUGGGGAGUUGAUUUUGCCUGCUGGUGCUCCUACAAGUAUUUAAACUCAGGAGCAGGAGGUCUUGCUGGUGCCUUUGUCCAUGAAAAGCAUGCCUAUAGAAUUAAACCUGCGUUAGUGGGGUGGUUUGGCCAUGAACUCAGCAGCCGAUUUAAGAUGGAUAACAAACUGCAAUUAAGCCCUGGAGUCAGUGGAUUUCGAAUUUCAAAUCCUCCCAUUUUAUUGGUCUGUUCCUUACAGGCUAGUUUAGAGAUCUUUAAGCAAGCAACUAUGAAAGCAUUGAGGAGAAAAUCUAUUUUGCUAACCGGCUAUCUGGAAUACUUGAUCAAGCAUUACUAUAACAAAGAUACAGCAGAUACCAAGAAACCGUUUGUGAACAUAAUUACUCCAUCCUGCAUAGAGGAGCGUGGCUGCCAGCUUACACUCACAUUUUCUGUUCCAAUGAAAUAUGUAUUCCAAGAACUAGAAAAACGAGGAGUGGUUUGUGACAAGCGAGAACCAAAUGGCAUCCGAGUGGCUCCAGUUCCUCUCUACAACUCUUUUCAUGAUGUUUAUAAAUUUAUCAAUCUGCUCACUUCUACACUUGACUCUGCAGAAACCAAAUAGCAGAGUUUUCUAGAACAGCUUAAGCAAGUGAUAUUGAAACCUUCUAUGGUUAUUUUAUUAUUAUUUUCAAAUUUUAAUAAUUGGAAAUUUUUCAAAACCCAUCACAUGUAACUGGCAAUGAAUUAUAUAUUUUACAGAAAAAUCUGAUGUAUUUUUUCCAAGAGUCUGUGAUUCUGAGGAGUCCACAUGUCUGUCUAAUUUCUUCGUGCUGGUGGAUCAAAGUUUUCACGGGUCCAAGUAUUAUUUACACAGUCUUAGCUAGCUGUCACAUUUCAUGGUCAGUGAAUGUUUUAUGUUGAUUUAAUUUAUAAUUUGAUUGACAACUUCAUAAUAUAUGUGCAGUUUUUUGUGUCAAUUUUAGAAAUGUUGCUUUAGAUUUAAUUUACCAAAGAGUUUCUUAUAGUCACUGUAGUUUCACAGCCUGAUAUAUGUAUGAUUUUGCAAUAUUCCAUCCAACUCUAAUCCAAGGAAGAGAAAAUACAUUUUCUAGGGCAGUAGCUUUCAAAUGUUUGGCCAGAGUCCACACUAAGAAAUAUAUCUAAUAUCAGAGACUAGAAUUUAUAUAUGUUUAUGUCUUAUUUUAUUGAUCUUAAUAUAUACAUUUUUAUCAUUUUAAAAUAUGUGAAAGAAUUCUUUUAAAAUUCUCAAUCAAUAGUUCUUACAAUUGCUAUUGACCAUUCUUUCAUGUUACCAUCACUGAUAUUAGCAUACUUCUCACAAUGAAUAGAUGAUUUUUUAAAAAAUGGUAGAUAUAGCAAAAGCAGAAGAGUCAUAAAUUAUUAUCUGUGCUCUGCUAUUUAUUCAUUUUAUCUCAUUACAACAAAUGUUGAUUAAAACUCGUUAAAUUUAUUUCUCCACCAACUUUUAGGUCCUAAUCCAUUUUACACUGUUCCUAUAUCUGGUGUUAUCAUAAUUUCUUAUUUUUUUUUAAUGGGGACUUGCCCUAAUAGAAAACUUUAGAUGUUAACCCUGUCUCUAAUAUAGUAAAACAAAUCAUUCCAAGACACUUGGAACUGAGAAUUAGCAAAUAGUGUUUCAUCUGUCAACCUCUAAGGUGAGUCUAUGGACCUUUCCCUCUAUAGGAGGAAAAGCUACAGUUACACUCAGCCCUGUUGGACUUCCCUGGUUUUCAGCUGUUGAUACUACAACCACUAUUCAUGAAACGGCAAAAGAGUCUACAUUUAUAUACCUGAGCAGCACGAAAGAGUGACUACAAGAUAAUUAGUGCCCCUGAUGAAUAAAUUUGAAUGAAAUUAACUUAGACAACCACUAGAGUUAAAUCAAAAGAUGCAGAACUGACACCAAUACCAGCACCUACUGAUAUGUAUUGAGUACUCACCGUGUACCAUGUACAGUGCUGGUCUAUUUAGAUGUUAUCUUAUUUGACUGGUUACAGAACUGCUGUAGCAAAGCUUCCCCCUCCAACUUUUGCCAAAACUCAUCUUUGUGGAAGGAAAAGUUCUCAAAACCCUAAAAUUCAUCCAUAUACAACUUCAUGUAGAAGAAAUCAUUUUGAAUGUCUCAGAGAUAAGCAAAAGAGACAUGGUCUCAGCUCUCAGGGAACAUGCAGUUUAGUUUAUAAGUUUAAGUUCUAAAAUAUGCUAAGAAAAAGUUUAAAAUAAAAUAUGCUAAUCACAUUAAAAUUAUAUAAAAUCAUGUAUACAAAUUAUUCAAAGAAUAAUCAGCACUAUGUCUUCAUCAUGCAGGUUAGGAAAAGAGUGUUAGAAAUUCCCUUUCUCCUUGUUUGCAUCUCUCCUUCCUCCCCAAAUCUAGAGUUAACCGUCAAAUCAUAUUCUGUGUUAAUCAUUCCCUUACUUUUAUUGAAAUUUUACAUCUAUGUAUGUACCCAUAAAAAUAUAUAUGUGAACUUGCCUGUGUGUGAACUUUGUGUAAAUGAUUGUAUAUAUUCUCCUUCCUUUGCUCAACAUCAAGUUUUUGAAAUUCGUCCGUUUGUUACAUACAGAUUUUUAUCCAUUUUCAUUGCUGCUCAGUGUUCUAGCAUAUCAUUGGAGUUAUCAAUUGAUUAAUUUAUUUAUUUUUGGAGUUAUUCAUUUAUUCAAUUGCUAAUGAACACUUGAAUUUUCCAAAUAUCUUUAGUAUUGCAACAAUGCUGCCAUUAACAUUCUUGGUACACAGGUUCAAAUGUUUGCCCAAGAUAUAGCUCUGAAAAUAUUGGGUCACAGGACAAAUGACAUGUUCAACUUCACCAUAUAAUAUCAAACUCUUCUCCAAAGAAGUUGUACCAGUUUCCAAUCCAACUAGUAGGAAAUGUCAAUAGUAGCUGUUGGUUGCCUUUGUCAUGUAUGCGGGCUAAAAUAGCCACUAAAAUAACAAUGAAUGUAUAACUUCCAGACAAGUAGAAGAAGAAACGAAGACAUACACACCCAUACUGCAGUUUAGGCUUCAGAAAUCAUCCUUAAUCUGUGGAUUGAGCAAAGACUAGAAUUUUAUCUGAGUUUUGCCCUUGCUCAGCUCUUUCCCUUCUCAUAUUCUCCAAAGAUUUUCAUGAUAAGCACCCCUUCAAUGCAGCAUAUUAAUCUAGGGGCACUUGGGUGGUUCAGUGGGUGAAGCGUCAGACUCUUGGUUUCAGCUCAGGUCAUGAUCAUGUGGGUUGGGUUGUGUAAUCAAACCCCCUGUUGGGCUCCUAGCUCAAGAGGGAGUCUGCUUGAAGAUUCUCUCCCUCUGCUCCUCCCUCCUCUCUCAAAUAAACCUUUUUAAAGAAAACAUAUUAAUAGAUAUCCCAGUCUCAAGCUUUAUUUCUAGGAAACCCAAUCGAAAAAAAAAAAAAAAAAAGGAAACCCAAUCUAAGAUAGCAUUCCUUCAUCUAGUGUUAAUAACCAUAAACCGUUUAUAUUCUAUAUCCAGUAUAUGAUAAAUUUCAGUUUUGUUUCUGUCGGUUUUCACAAAUAAUGCUUGUUUCCUUUUGUGUAUUGUAUUUGUUAACUUUUUUUGUGUACUUCUUAACUUUAAACCACUCAUUUUAUUGAUCCUCUUGGAAUUCUUUGGAAACUGGGUUAAAGUAUAUCUUUCCAAAGGUAUUCAUUUUUGCUUCUGCCAGUUUCCCAAGGCCAUUAUGAUUUUCUGCUAGGUAACUUUCUACUUAUUCUUGAGGUCAAAACUAUGUCAGUUUACAUUCAAAUUGUGUUAUGCUUUGUCCCAUAAAUUCAAAUUACUAGAGCAUGAUUUUUAAGUAAAUGGAUUUUUGCAUCAUCUUAAGAAAGAAAUCUACAAACACCCUGAAAGCAUCAUAUCACAAAACAGAAGAUUGUAAAUCACCAAAUUAGAGCGUCCUGUGACUGAGAUGAUGGGUUUGGUGCUUGUGUGGGUCAUUAGCAUCUGUAUUAUGUGUUUUCGAAAGAUAAAAUUUGUUUUCUGUCCUUUAGUAAUAUUUUAAUCUCAGCAAGACAUGUUUUCAAAGAACAAAAUAAUAAACAGGAUUAUUAUGAA